GUUGGUCUCGGUGACGUCUCCUCACCAUGUGAUCGGGGCGGUCGCAUAAAUACCGAGAGAGGACCCACCCCCUCUGUGAUUCAAGGUUUGGCCCUUUUGCAGGUUUCCCGACACAUCUCUCCGCUUGGCUCCGGCAGGAUCGCUCGUAAGUCGGCAAACAAAAUUAAAAAAAAAAAAAAUUAAUCAACAAAUCCUUAUGGAAAUAGCGAGAAACCAGGGGGGCAUCUCUCACCGGCGGCGACACGUGCUCCUCUCCUCCCCCCCUCCUCAUAUGAGUUUUUGAAGAGGGAGGGCAGGGCAGCUUGUUCAUCCCACCGUCUUGCUCCUCUGGCGUCGGCGGGGCACGGCCGCGCGUGAGCCAUGACUCUGAGCUCAGAGAUGUCGGAUGCCUCCAUCCUCUCGGAAGAGACCGACAUAGACGUGGUCGGCGAGGGGGAGGAUGGGGACAGCCAGACGCGCUCCUACGUGGACGAGGUGGCGCGUAUGCACGACGGCAUCCUGCUGGCCGGCUCUCCUCCUCCGUGCCUGGACAGCCCCACCUCCUCGAGGGAUGCCUACAAGCCGGCGGGCAAGAACACCCUGGUGAAGCCCCCUUACUCCUACAUCGCCUUGAUCACCAUGGCCAUCCUGCAGAGCCCCAAGAAGAGGCUGACUCUCAGCGAGAUCUGCGACUUCAUCAGCAACCGCUUCCCGUACUACAGGGAGAAGUUCCCGGCCUGGCAGAACUCCAUCAGGCACAACUUGUCCCUCAACGACUGCUUCGUCAAAAUCCCGAGGGAGCCGGGGAACCCCGGCAAGGGCAACUACUGGACCCUGGACCCGGAGUCGGCCGAUAUGUUCGACAACGGGAGCUUUCUGAGGCGCAGGAAGCGCUUCAAGCGGCAGCAGACGCAGGACCUGCUGCGGGAACACAGCGGCUUCAUCCCCGCCGCCGCUGCGUAUGGGUACGGACCCUACGGCUGCGCAGGAUACGGCAUCCAGCUCCAGUCCUACCACACGCACUCUGCGCUCUUUGCCUUCCAGCAGCAGCAGCAGCAGCAGCAGCAGCAGCAGCAGCAGCAGCAGCAUCAUCAUCAUCAGCAGCAGCAGCACUCCAGGCAUUCGCAUCCACACACGGGGACCAUUAUCCCCGCGCCCUCCCUGAUGCCCACCACCACGGACUUAGCCAGGAGUCGGUUUUACCCCCAGCUCAGCUCCGGCCUGGGCGCAGGCGGCAUGCAGGCCGCGGCGCCGGCGCAGAAGUCCAGCUCCCCGGUGCAGCGGUCCCCCUUCUCCAUAGAGAGCAUCAUAGGCGGCUCGCUGAGCCCCUCCAGGACUUCGCCGGCCCUCGUCCCGGUCUUACCGCCCCCCCCGGGGCCUGCAGGGGCCAGCCAGACGCAGGCCGUGCACCCGGGAACGGUGUUACACCCGGCGGAAAACUUUCCGAGCAGAGGGGUCAGCGGCGCAAGCGGCUGUUAAAUGUCAUAGCUGCAAACUUCUUUUUUUUUUCCAGAAAAAGUUAUAGACAAAAAGGACCAGCAGCAAAAACAAAACAAAAAACGCCCCCUCCCUCUCUUUGAAGGUAGGAUUAUUUUUGUAUGUUUUGUUUGAUAGCACGCAGCUGAAUGAUGGACAUAAAAGAACAAAACACUACGUGUGCCUAUAUUCAUGCUGCUUCUAAAGAUAUAGGCUAUUUAUGUUCAUGUUAUUCCGGUGUGAAUCCGACUUUUGACCACGAACUUUCUUUGUACUUUCCAUGAAGUGAUUCGUUUCAGUCACUGUUAUACGGCGUCUCAGGAUAUAAUGACUUAAUGAACAGGUUAUGAAUGAUCACAUGUUUGAAAAUAGGCUAAUUAUGUACUUGUGUCAAACACAUCCAUGUUUUUUUUUAUUAGUUUGGCAAAUCCAAACAUUUUUUUUUUCAAGUUUUGAUUUGAACUUUGUAUUAAAAGACACAGAAAGCAAAAAAAAUCUUACAUUUAUAAUAAUAUGCAGUGUGUAUGUGUAUUUCAGUCAUAAAACAUUGUACAUUUUUGGGGCAAGUAUUGUGUAAUUGAAGUGUAAUCUUUUUACACAGUUUGUUUGAAACAAGAAUAAAUUUCGUUUUGCAAAAAAG